ACAGUAUAGACCACGACAGUGACACACCGUUGUGAAAACAAGCAUCUGAUUAGCUGAUAGUCGAUAUUCUACACUCAAGACUCAAGCCUCAACAGUCAACACUUAAACAGUUUCAUCUAUAGGAUUUGAUAGUUUGAUAUUACUGCCACACAGAUUUCUAUAAUCCUAUAUUGCGUUCAAUAUUGAAAUGUUACUGAAUAAUUAACCUCUUAAUCACGUAUAUUUUGACAACUGACAAACGAUAUUUGUGCUAGAAGUAAUAACUUUGAUAUUUGAAAAAUUUUGUCCUUGUGUUUUCCCAUUGAGCAUUGUUAAUCAAAAAUAAUACAAAAUGUGUGCUAAAAUGGCAUUUACUCAUCAACCUGGCACAGCCAUGGAAUGCCUCAGUAUACCUAUUACUUUGACGAAAGAAUCUGCAAUUGAUACUGAUGGUCGUGAAUUGUUAAAAUGUGGAUUCAAAAUUGGUGGAGGCAUUGAUCAAGACUUUAGGAAAAGUCCUCAAGGAUAUACAGAUAAUGGUAUUUAUGUUACUGAAGUACAUGAUGGAAGUCCCGCAUCUAGGUCUGGAUUACGAAUACAUGACAAAAUAUUACAAUGUAAUKGAUAUGAUUUUACAAUGGUAACCCAUAAAAAAGCUGUGGAUUACAUUAAGAAGCAUAAAAUACUAAAUUUAUUAGUUGCUCGAAGAGGUGUUACAUCGACCUAAAAUAUUGAAAACUUGUAAAAGUCAUC